ACAACACCUGUCCUUUAGCUGCAAAGGAUCUAGAUGCUACUGCUACACCCGGAUGUGUGAUACAAUAACCUGGACGUGAGGAGAAGUUAGUUUACCGCAACAUCUGUCAUUUGUUUUAAAAUGAAGAGCAUGGAUCAUGCGGAGCAAUGUGAAAGAAGCAUAACGCAUUUGCCAGUAAGGGAGAAACACUAUAAUAAUAUCUGACAAAUUCAGUUGCCCAACAAGACAAUGUCUGACAAGACCGAGAACCAAACCUCAGAUCUUGCUGAUGCACACGGAGGGCGUCUAGAGGAAAACCCGGGCACUGGGCUAUUAAAUGUGAAGAAAGAGGAUGAGACAGAUGACAUGAAUAGUCAUCAGACUGAAAUGCAUUGGUCCCUCCCUGCUGAUGAAGAAAAGGCUGAUAUAGUGAAAGUUGAGAUAACUGAAGAUCUGUGUGUGAGGAGUCAACUGGAAGCCCUGGAUGAGGAAACCAGUGACAGUAUCACCUUGGGUGAUAUUAAGACAAAUGAUCUGUAUGUAAAGAGUCAGCAGGAAGCUGUGAAGCAGGAAAUCUGUGACAAUAUCAGUACAGGUGAAUUUACAAAUUGCAGUAAUCCUAGUCCUCUUGAGACUGCUGAUACUUCUUUAAAUCUUCUUCAAAAUCAAAAAAGCCAAGUGGGAUAUUUAUGUUCUGAAUGUGGGAAAUGCUUUGCUUGGAAAUCAGCUCUUACUAGACAUUUCAAAAUUCAUAAAGGAGAAAAAGGAUUUUCAUGUUCUGUAUGUGGGAAAUGUUUUACUCAGAAAUCGACUCUAAUGGAUCAUCUGAAAAUUCAUACGGGAGAGAAAGGAUUUUCAUGUUCUGCGUGUGGAAAGUGUUUUACUCAGAAAUCACAACUUGUUACUCAUCAAAAAACUCAUACAGGAGAGAAAGCAUUUUCAUGUUCUGAAUGUGGGAAAUGUUUUACCCAGAAAUCACAUCUUAUUACACAUCAGAACAUUCAUUCAAGGAGAGAAAGUAUAUUCAUGUUCUGAAUGUGAGAAAAUUUUUGCCUCAAAAUCAUCUUUUAUUUACCACCUGAAAGUGCUUGCAAACAUAUAGGGUGUUCUUACAUCUAUUGACAUGUGCGGUUGUGCUAAAUCUUUAACAUUAUAGAAGGUGCACUAAACCUCCAUUCAGGUAGUGAAGUUCUUUAACCUUUUAACCCUGUUACGGCGUUGUGUUCUGUCCUAACCGCACCGGGCUUUAGUGCCGUUAGGACGGAAUAGGACGUCCAAGCUGUUUGGCUGUCCUGAAGCCAACGAUGCUCCCUGGAUAGGAUCGCGGUCUGGAGGGUGUGCAUAGCGUCAUAGGGAUGCCCCCCUGACCCAAUACCAUCAUUGAAAUCUCGCGAUCGCGUGCACGAUGUAGACAAAUUAGCCCUGUCAUUAAAGGGUUAAUUAAUUUUAUCUUUUUGGUUUUGUAUCGAAAUAUAAGUUACAAAUACUGCAUACAUACAUACAUGUGUACAUGCCCAUACACAUAUAUACAUGCACACUUUUAUUUACACAUAUAAAAAUACAUACAUAUACAUCUUUGAGUCCUUCCUAGUCCAGCACCUGAUGAUAUACCAUAUUCCUUUAAGUCACUUUUAAAACAUUUAUUUCAAUAACAAACCUUUAUUUUGCAAUAAAUAUGUUUAAGUGUAAUCAAAAUGAAUUAUUUAAUAUGUUUUUAUGUGGGGGCGGUCUUGCACAUAAUUUGAAGCAUUAAAACAUCAGGUCUCCAAAAGA